AUCAUCCAUUGAUGCCCAAUAGUUCAGGUUCCGCCUUUAUUAGUAGCCGACAAUCACACGAAACGUGAAAGGUGGAUGUAGGCUAUGGGCCGUCAUAGUGAGACGAGACCGAGCAUCACUACAGCCAAUAGCUAAUGGACUAAGGAGACUUGGAACAUCACAUGCAAAAAAAAAACGUUUUAAAAAAAACUCCUUUAACCUAGAUAUACUUUUGACAAAUUAGGCCUAUUAGUGAGAAAAAAGUAGGCUACCUAAUCCAUUUCAGGUAUAUUUCAAGUGUGUGAGCAUUAAGGCUGUAGCCUAUGCUGGCCCGAUAAUGUCCUGACCUCCAGUUAGGGCUGAGACUUGACAUUCUGGCCCCUGAAAUGAUGUUGAUCAAGAUGUUUGGGGGGCCUCUGUCAGUGCAGGGCCCUUUGGAUCCUUCUAACUCCACCCUAUCCCUUAUGGCGUUCCCUUAAGGAUCUUUGGUGCAUGGAUGGCUUGAUGUGUUGUCCCUCAACAAAAGCAGAACGCUGAUACAAUAUAUUUUUUGGAUUUAACCAUGGUGGAAAGCGUGCAUCCCAUUAGAAUUCACAUGGUGAAAUGAAGUUACAGUGCCACCUGCUGUACAAGAGGAAUGCAAACUCCUUUGCAAGUAGGCGCAAAGAACAGGCUCCAGUCAGCACAGCUCGCACGCUGCUCCAAGUGUGUGCCCCGCAUCCAAUAGCUUAACAGAUAGGCAGAUGACUCAGCGGCGCCAGCAAGAAAACCAUUGUAACCUCAACUAUAGGCUAAGCGACAGAAGAAAUGGAAUUUCACCUCUAACACCAUUACACGGAGUUUGUUGUUGUGUUUAAUUCGGUUAACUCUGCGUCAGAAAUUUCAGAAAUAUGGACCAGUUUCAUCAGUUAUUCAAAAAGCUAGACAAGAAUAAUGAUGGGUUCGUAUCGGUGGAAGAACUUAAAAAGGAAAUGAAAAGAAUUGGUGUUACCCAAGCUGAUGAGAAAUCACAGGUCAUUGUUAAAAAUUACGACCAAAACAGGGAUGGCCGAUUAGAUUACGAAGAGUUUUUGGGCUAUAUCAUGGACAAGGAAAGGAAAUGGAAAAUUCAUUUUCAUGCACUUGACAAAAAUCAAUGUGGGGCUAUUGACCAAGAGGAUAUUAUUGAUCUAUUCAAGGAGUUAGGUGUGGUAAUAUCAAAGCAAAAUGCAAAGAAAAUCAUUCAAAUGAUGGAUGAAGACCGUUCAAUGACUGUUGACUGGGGAGAAUUCCUACAUCACAUUAUAAUUAAUCCAGCAGAAAAUAUUAAAGAUCUGGUGUCAUCCUGGAGACACAGCCUGGUGUUUGAUGUUGGUGAAAGUCACUCCAUGCCCAUAGAGAUGACUCAGGAUGAUGCAGACCUCUCUGUUUGGGGAAACUUUGUAUUAGCCGCGGGCCUGGCAGAUGCUGUGUCUAGAACAGUAACUGCUCCAAUUGAUCGUCUUAAAACAUUGCUUCAGGUCCAUGGAUCAAAAGCUGCCCCUCUUGGAUUUAGAGAACUACAGGCUGGAGGCCUGAGGUCUAUGUGGCAAGGGAACAUGGUGAAUGUCCUGAAAGGAACACCACAGUCAACCCUACAGUGUCUCAUCUAUGCUCAGAUGAAAGUCCAGAUGGGCCAGAGGGAAACCCUGUCUAUUCAGCAGCGAUUUGGAAUGGGUUGUGUUUCAGGAGCUAGUGCCCAUGCUGUGUUUUAUCCUCUAGAGGUUCUGAAAGUGCGGCUGAACCUUCAACAAGCAGUAUCCUAUUGUGGAGUAUUAAGAUGUGCAAGAGCCAUUUACCAGAACGAGUCUGCUGCAGCCUUCUACAGAGGUUUUAAGCCGAGCAUUCUCUGCAUGAUACCCUAUGCUGGUGUAGAGUGUGCAGUCCACCAGUCCAUCAUGAGUUGGGUGAAAAGGGACCCUGCUUACAACAGUGAAGCAAAGUGGUUCUUCUUCAGCUUUGUGGCAUUCGCCUCUGGACAAGCCACCAGCUAUCCAUUAGCAGUGAUUCGUACUCAGCAGCAAGCCCAAGCUUUCAGCUCCCUUUCACCGCAGGCUUCAAAUAUGGGCCUAGUUCAAGGAUUUCUUGGGAUUUAUGAAAGACAGGGGCUACGAGGCUUCUACAGUGGAAUGGGAACCAGUUUUGUAAGAGCUGUCCCAUGUGCCUUACUAAACUACACAUUGACAGCAAAACUUGAAACACUGUGUUCUCAGUAAACAAUCCCAUUGAUGUAACAGCAUAAAAUGUAACAGUGAGGACUGUAAACGGUACAUGUAUGUAGUGGUACAUAAUAUGACCACCAUGUUGAAACUACAGUAACAUUGCUUAUGUAUACAUGUAAAUUUCACAAAGUCAUAUGUCAUAUUUUCUACAAGGUCCCAAACUUGUGUGCACUACCUCACUAAGAAAAGGUUGCAACAACAAAGUAUUUUGUUGGUGACAGCCAAAUAGCCUACAUAGAAUGUGUUGUGGAAUUAUGUGCCAGUUAUAUUAUGCACUGCUAAGUGUGCCAGUGUGUGUGAGUGAGUGUCUGUGUGCCUGGGUGUAUGGGUCUACAGACUUGUGUGAAAUGCUUCACUAAGACAAAUCUGCAACUACUGUCAACGUAUCACAAAAUAUUUAACACGGAGCACUUCCUGAACUCAACAGCUGUAUAUUUGAAGUUCUCUUUUAAUUGGAAACAUUGAUUAUCCAAAACAAAAAGACUCCAAGGCACUCUCUUUUUUAAAACUGUUAAAAAGUCUUUUCAUGGUUUGCUCAUUUACAACCUUUUUUAAAAUUCUGAAACGUUUCAGCAUCAAACCUUUAUCAGGGAGUCAAACAGUUCAAUCCACCAAAUGUCAAUCCACCAAUCGUAACCUUCCACCGGGGAAAACCUGGGGCUUUGUGCCAAGGAUUUGUGCUUGGUAGAAUGAGUCCUGCCGAGUCGAAUUCUUCACAGACGAGGUCAGGCUUCUUCCUAGCAUAUGGAAAACACACAAUGGAACAGACUAGCGAGUGUGCAGGAAGCUGCAGGUGCAUUAUUAAAAACCAUGAGUGCGCACAGGAUUGUGGGUGUUCCAAGCACACAAAGGAUACACGCAUGCAUCCUCGAAAAUCUCAGAACGAAGGACUCAACCUGAUAGAAUUGUAAAGCACCCUUGACAUUGGAACAGUGCUUGGCGAGAUUUGAUGACGUAACAUCCUUGAAAGAGCGGCUUUGAAGGACCCAUCCUUGACUUUGAGAAAAGCCCCUGGUGUUCUGGCCUAGAGUGUGUGCAUACACAUGUCCAGCAGAUGGCAUCAUUUCAAUUGUUGCGGACUUGCCGUAGUAAAGCAGUGGAUUCUCUCGCUCUCUCUCUAUCUCUCUCUCUGUCUCUCUCUCACUCACACACACAGGCACACACAUGCCAUUUUGUUAUUUUGUUUUACAAUUUGCUGUUAAUACUGCGCAUUAACAAUUGCAUUGUCAAACAGUAAUUAUGACCGCCGCUAUAUAGCAGGGAUUGUGAAAGUUUUUGUUUUUUCCCCUGUCAUCUACUUCCUGAAUUUUUUGUCAACGAUCCCUGGGACACCGAAACACCGGGGCACAUGAAACUUGGUGAGCAUAGCCCCACUAGCUUUUUACGAAAAAAAAUAAUUUUGGUCCUGGCGCUGGGCCCCCCGAAACCCAAAAAAUGCAGUUUUCUAAACCGAAGCACCGAGUAUGACAAUUUUUUUUAUGGUAUGUUGGUCUCAAGGGCCCGCAUCAACUUAGGUUCACUUACGAGACUUUGUGCACAUCCCAGGUGCUGAACAAAUAGGUCAAGUUUUUAAUGAAAAAAGUUCGCACA